UCCUAAAGUUGCCCCGAAAACUUGCGUCGGUGAAGGCGUGGAUACGGGGAAGAAGAGCAAGACAAAGUCAUUGGAAGGCAUUGAAAUGAGAAGGCAUCCUCUCUUCACCUUCUUGUGCCCUUUCAUGGUUCUUCUUUCGGUUCUAGGCCCGUCAUAUGCGGGUGACACGUUAAGUUCAGGCCGAUCCAUUAGCGAUGGAGAGACGCUAGUUUCCUCGGGCCAAAGCUUUGAGCUCGGCUUCUUCUCUCCCGGCAACUCCAACAACAGGUUCUUGGGGAUAUGGUACAAGAUCAUUCCCGAGACGGUCGUGUGGGUGGCCAACGGGAACGAUCCGCUCGCCGAUUCGGAUGGUACCCUCACAAUUACUAAUGAUGGAGCACUUGUUCUUCUAAACCGGUCGAAGAGUGUCGUUUGGUCUUCAAAUUCAUCGGGGAUGCUUAGGAAUCAGGUUGCUCAGCUUUUGGACUCGGGAAAUCUUGUUCUUAGAGGAAAUAGCAGUUCGAGUUCUAAGGAAUAUUCAUGGCAGAGCUUCAACUACCCAUCUGACACGCAAUUUGCCGGUAUGAACAUCGGGCGGAACUUGGCAACCGGUUUAGAGAGUUACCCGACUUCCCGGAGAAGCGCAGAUGAUCCCUCCCCCGGAGGCUAUAUGUUCAGACUAAGCAAUCGGGAGUUGCCACAAUGGGAAAUAGUCUCAACAGAUUCGGGAAUAAAGUAUCGGACGGGACCGUGGAAUGGAGUUCAAUUCGGUGGUUCUUCCAUGGCACCAAGUUCAUUCUCCCGGCUUGCACUAAUUUACAACGCGAGUGAGAUAUAUUUCGUCUACGAGCCUCUAUCAAAUGGAGUCAUUACGAGAGUCACUUUAAACCCGUCCGGAUUAGUACAACGCCUCAUGUAUAUGAAUGGGAGCGCUACAUGGGAUACCAUGUACUCGGCUCCAAAUGAUAUAUGUGACAAUUAUGCUGAGUGCGGUUCCAAUGGUUUCUGCAGAAUAAACGAGGCUCCGGUAUGCAAAUGCUUACAAGGGUACACGCCCAAGUCUCCGGAAGAAUGGGACCUGCUUAACCGGUCUUCGGGCUGCGUGAGAAUACUAUCCCUUAAUUGUUCGAAAGGAGAGGGCUUCUUGAAACUCUCCGGGGUGAAACUACCCGACCCGAUAGAUUUACGGUUGGACAAGAACAUGAGCCUCGACGAAUGCAAGGCCGAGUGCUUGAAGAAUUGUUCAUGUGCUGCUUAUGCUAAUUCGGAUGUUAGAGGAGGAGGUAGUGGCUGCCUAAUGUGGUUUGGCAACCUAAUCGAUCUUAGAGAAUGUAUUCCUGGAGUUGACUACGAACGGAACCUAUUCAUACGACUACCGACUUCCGAACUAGAUGCAAUCCGAAGUACCAACAAGAAGAAAAGAUUGAUCAUCAUAGGGAUUCUAUCCAUUUUGGGACUGUUCAUUACGGCCGCAGCAAUUUGGGUUAUUUACGGGAGAAGAAGAUCGAAAGAGAGAGGUUGGAGAAGUGGAAAAGACGAGUUGGACUUGCCAUUAUAUGAUUUUGCUACGAUUGCUGCUGCUGCUGACAAUUUCUCUUGGAGGAAUAUGAUCGGCGAGGGUGGCUUUGGCCCCGUCUACAAAGGCAAUCUUUCGGUGGAUCAAGAAAUAGCAGUAAAGAGGCUGUCAAAGAAUUCGGGACAAGGUCUCAAAGAGUUUAUGAACGAAGUAGUUCUGAUCGCAAAACUUCAGCACGGGAAUCUUGUAGGACUAGUGGGCUGCCGCACUGAGCGAGACGAAAGAAUCUUAAUCUAUGAAUAUAUGCCUAAUGGAAGCUUAGAUCAUUUUGUUAUGGGAAUCGCGCGAGGACUUCCGUAUCUACACCAAGAUUCGAAACUUCAAAUUAUUCACAGAGACUUAAAGGCAAGCAACAUUUUGCUGGACGCCAAGCUAAAUCCUAAAAUCUCGGACUUUGGCUUGGCCAGGAUCUUCGGUGGUGAUGAAAAAGAAGUGAAAACUAGAAGAGUGAUAGGAACCUACGGCUACAUGUCCCCGCAGUAUGCUUUCGAUGGGAAGUUUUCCGUGAAAUCUGACGUAUAUGGCUUUGGAGUGCUCUUAUUAGAGAUUAUAAGCGGCAAAAAGAAUAGAGGGUUCUCCCAUCCGAACCACCACCACAACCUUCUUGGGCACGCAUGGUUGCUUUGGACACACGGCGGGGCCUUGGAACUUCUUGACAAAACAUUGUGCGACUCUGCCGACGAGCCUCAAGUAGAAAGAUGCAUCCAUGUCGGGUUGUUGUGCGUCCAAAAGUUCCCCGCAGACAGGCCGGCCAUGUCCAUGGUCGCUUCCAUUCUGGGAAGCGAAGGAACGGUUACGCCUCAACCUAAGCAACCGGGUUUCUUCAUGGAAAGAAGCAUGGAAAACUCAAGUUCAGCUUCAACAGGAGAAGAUCAUUAUACAAACAAUUCGAUAAGCAUCACAAUGCCGGAAGCCCGGUAGAUGCUCCAUCGACUGUUAUUGAGGUUUCAUCCCGGACAUGAGAAAAACGUCACCUAAUUCGCAUUUCAAUGUCCUACAAGGUCAUUUACGCAUGUCUAGAUUUUCUUGCUUGCAUACUAGAUCGAAGGAAAAGGCCUCUUGUCAAUACUGC